CUGAUAUCGCUCGCGCAAGGAGAUCCGACGGUGUUUGGACACCUUUUGCCGCCGAAGACGGCGAUGGAUGAGGUGGCUGGGGCGUUCUCGACGAGCGCGCACAACGGGUACACGGCGAGCGCGGGUUCGGCGACCGCGCGGGCGGCGGUGGCGAUGCGGUAUUCGUUACCCGAUCGUCCACCGUUGAGAACAGAGGACGUUUUCAUGACAGUUGGUUGCUCCGAGGCGCUCUCACACUCGUUCGCGGCGAUGGCGGUGGAGGGAGCAAACAUUUUACUGCCGAGGCCCGGUUUUCCGUUGUAUGAAACUUUGUGUCAUAGGCACGGUUUGGGAUACAAGUUUUAUGAUUUAGACGACGAAAAUGGAUGGGAAGUCAAGAUUGACGAUGUUCGCAGGCUUCGGGACGAAAACACGGUGGCGAUCGUCGUGAAUAACCCGAGCAAUCCUUGCGGCGCGGUGUUUAGUGAAGGUCACCUGCGAGAAAUUUGCGAGACUUGCCACGAGUUGCGCUUGCCAAUCAUCGCCGAUGAAGUGUACGAAGACGUCGCUUUCGAUGAAGACAGGCCGUUUCUGUCGAUCGCAGCUUUUAGUGGUAGAGUUCCCGUCAUGGUGGUGAGUGCGUUGAGCAAGCGCUGGCUCGCGCCCGGAUGGCGCAUUGGUUGGCUUGUCCUUCACGACUACGAUCAUAUUCUACAGACUGCAGGCGUGCAGCUUGCGAUUAACAACUUGUGUCAGGUGUCGUUAGGUCCGCCGACGCCGAUCCAAGCCGCGAUUCCGGGAAUUUUCAAAGCCAACGAGACGGAGUGGCUAAAGGCUACGCUCGGCGUCUUGCGUCGCGCAAGCCAGCGCUGCGUCGAACGCUGUGCGCGAGUUCGUGGUUUGACUGUUCCUUGUGAACCUCAAGGAGCGAUGUAUGUGCUGUUGAAAAUGAAUGGUGAUGCGUUCAAGGACGCAAAUGGGUUUUUCACUGAUGUCACCUUCGCCAAGCGCCUGCUUGCGGAGGAAUCAGUACUCGUGUUGCCGGGCACGUGCUUUCACGCGCCCGGAUACUUACGUCUAGUGAUUACAGUUCCAGAUGACGAAUUGCAGAACGCGUGGGAUCGCAUUGAGACGUUUUGUGAACGUUAC